AUGUCGAGCAGAGUGCCAUCAAUAGCAUGCAUAGGGGUCAUCGGCAGACACAACAACCCGCUUCACAUCUCAUUGUUUCCACCGGAGGAGCGAGCACCGUUGGAAUUCCAGUUCCUCCUGUCAUCAUGUCUAGACAUCUUCGAAGCCCGCCUGCCCCACAAGACUGUCGACCAAGACUUUGGACUUCUCCAAGCCGUCGAUGAGCGGUUAGCUAUGUACGGUUGGCUGACCAACACCGGUGUAAAGUUCGUUGUGGUUGUGGACAUGGAGGGACGGCCAGCGAAUCCGUUAGAUACCAAGUCUUCGACAGCAGUUGGGCUGCGAGAUGCGGAUCUCAAACCAGUAUGA